AUGUACGCAACCCCCUCCUUUUUAUAUAUCUAUCUAUAUAGUUUUCGCCCCAUUCUCUUCCUUUCGCUUCUCGGUUUUGUUUACGUGUUAUCCCUACGUCUCUCUCCUUCUCUCUCCUCCCCGUCUGUCUGCCUCUCUCUCUCUCUCUCUCUGUGUGUGUGUGUGUGUGUGUGUGUGUGCUUCCGCUUUCAUGUGUUUUGCCGGACACCUCACCCCCCCCCUCUAUCGCCAAUUCGUCAUCCGCCACCCUCUCAGCCCUACUAUCCUGCUUCUCCGCCCUCCGGCCCACGUCGUCGUCAUCGCCAUCCACCGCUGUCUCCCUGUCGUCCGCACGUGUCAUCGCGAGCGCCACCGGUUAGGUACGCCGCACCGGAUUGCGUUUCACACAACAGCGCGUACACUCCAGCUGCUACGGCCACGGCGUCUACAGCAGCCAACAGCAGUGUUACCAGUAAUCGCAGACAGCUGAGCGAGCUGGGCAGCGGUCUUCGGGGUAAGCGAAACUCCAACGGCAUCCGCAGUCACAAAGAAGCCUCAGCAGGCACGAUCAGGAGCACCAGGCUGGGCAAGAGACACCUCCCUCCUCAGUCACCGCCCUGGGCCCCAUCGUCCCCGGCAAGCGCUACAGAUCGAGUGAUCACGCAACGCAAUACAGACAGCCCCUUUCUCCCUUCUCAGUCGCCUCAGAAGCACCAGCAGCAGGAGCAACGGGAGCGGGCGCCGCUUCCUUCCACCAACUACGAUCCCCUUGUCGUAGCUUCGGCAGAACCGUCACUAUCUCGUUUUGAUUACCCUAUCCAAUCGCCGCCGUGCUACUACAGUCCCUCUCCCGUGCUUGUCACCGCAGCACCGCCACCAUUUCCCUCUCCGCUCUUGCAGGAGACCCAACAGCUCCGCCACGUAGUACGCCGUCGUGGAGUUGCCACGGCCGCCACACAAGCCGUCAUGGAGCCCGGCAUCCACCCGCAGCCUCACCCGAGCGCCUCCUCCUCUUCCCCCUACUCUCAGUCGGCGUCAUCGUCGCAGCAGUACCUGCAAAUCCGUACGGACACGACCGUGGUUUCGUCCAUCAAUUCCUCCGCUGCAGACCAGUCGAGCAAAUCCGCCUCGGCAGCUAUCGCUGCGUCGAGCAGUGGGCCGUCAUAUGAAGGUCUAUGCAUGGCUGUUCCGCACUCGCCGGUAACAGCGCCUGUCCACCAGCCAUACACCGCGCGGGCGCAGCAGAGCCAAGCGCCACACCACCGCACCUCCCCUAAGGGUAGGUCCUCGCCGCAUCGCUUUGCCGUGUCGAACACGAGCAUGGCCUGCUCCUCCGUUGGCGACGCCGACAAUCUGGGCUUGCACCGACGGCACAACAACCCGCGCGAGGCCUACGGAGGUCAGCGCCAGAAUUCGCUUGGACACCAGUUACAGCAGCAACACAACCACCACCAAACCGACGCGCUUCCGCAGUCGCUCGAGCGGCGCAGCAGCGACGUCGUGGACGCCGUCUCGCGCAGCCUCAACACGCACAACGAUCCCGAGCUGGAGGGACUACCGCCGAUGCGCUGCAACAAUGAGGGCGAGGACGAGAUGGGGGGGCGCGCCGGCAGGGCCGUGGGAGCGGCCGGACAUGCCACGACACUCUACUCCAAAGGCUUCCUCAUUGCAACCGCCUCCGCGAAGGACUCUUCGGCGUCGCGCGGCAACGACGGCGGCAGUACAUACAUCCCGCCGCACUUGCACAAUGGCAAGGAGCAACAGAUGCCACGCGACGACGGCGAGGCGAGUCUCAGCCAGGCGAGUCAGUCGCGCAGCCCUCUCGCCAGCACUUCCACGGGCAUCUCUCAUCGCCUGCUGACAGCGGACGAAAUCAACGAGCGGCGUCGUGCGUCGUGGGCUGCGAGCCGCUCGGUGUCCCAAGUACACUCCGCCGUGGCCAGCCCGGCCGCCGGCGACAACGCGGGAGGUCACCAAAAGGCCGGGUAUCCGCUGGUCAGCGUCCAAAGCGCCCACAACAACCUCAGCACUGCAAGCGGCGUUAGCAAAGUCAGCCGGCCAGCCCACCGACAGCUAACCAAGGAGGAGGCCAACCAACUAAUUGCCCACCGCCAACAACAGCGGACCGCAGAAGCCUUGGCUCUCGCAGCAGCAGCGAAAGACGUACCUGCGCAGCAGCAGCAACACGAGCUAUCCUCAUUGCUGGCAAAUACCCCAAACAACAACCAGUCUGGAAUCUUGCACUCGGCGCCGCCGGACAGCGCAAAGCCGUGGCUCCUCUCUGGGGAUGGCACGCAGGCGAACUACUUCCCUCCAGAGCCCGCCUCUACGCCGCCGGUGGCCAGCACCAGCACUCUGGGCGACGGCGGUAACACUUUGACGAAGCCCAUGGUGUUCGAGUGGCUGCGAGGCACCAACGGCGGUGAUACUGGCGGUGUCGGUGGUGGUGCUAGUGGAGCAGGCUUCUUCUCAGAGUCAACGGCUCAUUCAUGGCCUGGCGUGAAUGGGUGGCGUGACAGCAACGUGGUUGGCAGCAGCGCUAACGGCGGCAACGUCAACACUGCCAUGGCUGCAUUUCUUGGUGCGGCAGGGGGCGCUGCCGGAGAUGGUGGCUCUAACGGUAACUUCAACGCCUCUGCAGUCGCCUUGGGAAGGGCAGGCCAAGCACCAGGCGGCACCUCCACCACCGCUUUCACAUGGCUGCCCAACACCUCAAACUGGUCCCCGCGCAAUCAAGAACAACAACAACAACAGCAGCAGCAGCAGCAGCAGGCGCUGUUUUCCUUUGUUCCUGCUACACCGCCGCAAGUGGGUGCCGUCAGCGGCGGUGCCCACCCCAGCACCUGGGGCUACAGCAACACCGCGAUGGGCUUCACUGGUGGCAGCCUGCGCAGUGGCCUGCUCACCUUUCUUUCUUCUCCCCCCACACCGGCGGCGCUACAGGGCGUGUCGCAAGAGCGAAUCGAAGAGUGCAUCCGGCAAUGUGAUGGGCAGCUGGUGCAACUCCGACACGAGCGAGAGCAACUAGUGCAAGAACUUCAGAGACGCCUGUACGCUUCAGCAGACAGCGAAAAGCAGCAGCAGCAGCAACAGCAACAGCAACACAACCACGCCGAUACUGCGAGUUGGCCCGGCGCGCUCGGCCCCCACGCCGUCACAAUCCCUAGCAGCUUAAUGAACACGAUCACAGUAGAGUCAGCGAUGCUGCCACGCGGGACCGCCACUGCGGAGACAGGUGCCAUCGGUGGCGGCGGCAGCGCCGUUCGUCAGCGUCCCCUCUGGCCGUUCUUUGACGACCUCAUCGUGGACGGGAAUGGCGUGGCGAAGACCUUACCGCGCGGCCCCGUCGACACACGUGAGCUCCCUAGUCCGUACAUGGAACCCGCCAUGGAGGUCGAUAGCGCGGAAUGGGCGGGGCGUGCGCCCACGGCGGCAGCAAGCCAUCAGCAGACGUGCAGCAGCGGUAGCGCGACGGUUGUAGGACCGGCGCACCAGGCGGCAGCCAGCACCGGUGCGCUUGGCAGAAGCGUUGGCCACUGGACCGCCGGUGAGCGCUCUGGCGGUCGUGGCCGUCGUCGUGCAGAGACUGGCAACCAACGGAACAAUAACGACGGCAACAAUAACGGCGCGUCGUCCUCGGCCGGGGCCAUGGCAACGACGUUCAGCGCCGGAGGUGGUGGGCACAGCAACAACAACCGCUGCAGCCACGACAACACGCCGCAGGAGCAGAAGUACCUUCAGACGGACCCGUUCAGCAUGUACAUGCACAACAAGAAAAUCGCCACCGCCGGCGUCCCCACGACGCGGGGCAGCAGCAAGGCCGCUGCAGCGUGA